CACCCAUUGAACGAACUGACGAACGCGACACCCUAUUUUUGAUGGAUGACUAAUAAUUAAGAAGUGAAGAAAUAAAAAUCAAGUUUUGCUCGGAUAUUUCAUCGUUUUUAGAUAAUUUUGAUUUGAAAAAUGAGUUUUUUUAGUAAAAUAUUCGGAGGAAAAGAAAAGGAUACGGGUCCCACGCCCGGAGAAGCUAUCCAAAAGCUCAGGGAAACCGAGGACAUGUUAUAUAAAAAACAAGAGUUUUUAGAAAAGAAAAUAGAGGAAUACACAUUAAUAGCCAAAAAGAAUGCAUCAAAGAACAAGAGAGUUGCUUUGCAAGCGCUCAAAAAGAAAAAACGCUUGGAAAAAACCCAAUUACAAAUCGAUGGAACACUCACUACCAUUGAAAUGCAAAGGGAAGCCCUCGAAGGAGCCAGUACCAACACAGCCGUCUUAGAUUCCAUGAAGAAUGCUGCUGAAGCCCUACAGAAAGCCCACAAAAACUUGAAUGUUGAUGAUGUCCAUGAUAUCAUGGAUGACAUAGCUGAACAGCACGAUAUUGCCAAUGAGAUUACUACUGCUAUUAGCCAGCCGGUUGGCUUCAAUGAUGAUCUGGAUGAGGAUGAAUUAGAAAGUGAACUAGAAAAGCUUGAACAAGAAGGAUUAGAGGAAGAUUUGCUGAAAGUGCCCGGUCCUACUGAAUUACCUGCUGUACCUACAGGAGCUAUCGCUAAGCCAGUUAAACCUGCUGCUAAAAAAGUGGAGGAUGAUGAUGACAUGAAAGAAUUGGAAGCUUGGGCUUCGUAAGAGGAACUCACAUAGUUUAAUAACACACGUGAAAUGAAAAAAAAAACUUAUAGCUAUUAACAGCUUAUUUUUGGCUUAAAGGUUUAGAGUUAAAAUGAAUAUUUCUCGUAUUACGAAUACUUGAAAGUACCUCUUGAUUUUUUUAUUAACUUUAAAAUAGUUAUAAUUCAUUGUCUAUUUUUGUAAUAUAAGUGCAAAUCAGAUAUACUUUAAUUAUAAAUCUCCAAUUAUAUUUGAUUAUGUAUCAAUAAACUAUACAAAAAGUAUUUAUUUUAUUAUUUCAUAUUAAUUUAGUAUAUCUGAUUCGUGAGUUAACAAAGAGGAUUUAAUGUUCAUUUAUUAGGGAUGGUAAUUAAUUUCAUUUUUCAUAACAUCUAAUGACUAUAACUUCUUUUUGUACAGAUUUAAUGUAUUUUGUAAUCGCACUUACAUGAUGUUUAAAAAAAACAAUUCGAGUAGCUUUAAAAGUACCCAAAUGCAUAUUGUUCGUUGUUAAAUUGUAAAAAGUUCAUAUUUGUAGUAAACAGUUAUCCUUUUA